AUGGCAUCCAACUCCACCCCCCCAAUCCUCAUCCCCCGCACCCCCACCUCCCCCCUCGACCCGAGCCUCCGCACAUCCCUCCAAGACGCAGUCUUAACCCCCAAAACCAUCAAAACCCUCCGCACAACACUGGAGACGGAAACGCAGGCCGCAGACUGGCAGGAGAAGGUGAAGCAGCGAACGCUGCAGUUGCUGGAGAGUAGGGAGUAUUGGAAGUGGGAAGAUCUGGUUGGGGUGAUUGUGAGGGAGGCGAGGGGUGUUGAGGAGGAGGAGGAGGAGGAGGAGGUGGAUGAUGAGGGGCAGGGAGAUAAAGAGAAGGGGGUGAAUGGAGGACGGAAUGGCGAGGGCGAGGAGAAGGUGGAUAUACGGAUGCCGGAGAAAGCUAUUGCGGAAGCGGCGACGGUGGUGAGAGGUGUGCUGGAUCAGAGGGUGGAAUUGGAGCCUGAGGGGAAGGGGUUCUGGGAUUGA